AUGAAGGCCUCGAGGAAGGACCGCCUCAGCUGCAUGCCAGCCGUGUUCCAAGUCUGGCCUUUGGAAACAUUGUACCCCUCAGCCAGAUCUACGGAGAACGCACCUGCCUCGACUGCGUGGGACUCGCAACGUGUGCAGAGACGAUGGCUAUUCAACGCCCACCCGGAAGCAUUCAUCGGAAGCUCCAAUGCUGCCGGCUUCUUGGCUGAGGGCCUCUCUCAGAUGAUGCGCCCCGACGCCACCCCCACGGCACAACCGCUCAUGACCAUUAGCCAGAUGGCAGACGUUAGUAACCACACUCGCAUCUCCCCGGUUCCGGUGGUGGCCAUGGCCACUGGCGAGUCUGGGGAGCUUCUUCGGCUAUCUAGGCUGGACGAGACGAAAUGGCAGUGGGGUGAAGACGAGAAUCCUACGCUUCGUCUUUUGAACGUCGAUCAACAGGACAGGGAGGAGACUGUAUUGUGGUCUAGUGACGGAGCUCCUAUCUUGCAACUCAAGCCUGCGCUUAGCUUGGUGCGAUUCGAGCCCACUCGAUGGCUGCUGGUGCAAAAAAGGACAUCAACCACAGUCCUCCAGCCGGAGUACCACAGGAUUCCAGUAUCAGAGCGUCGGCCGGGUAUUGACAAGGCAGUUGAACGCCCCUCCCGAAUUAACCCAAAGCCCAUCUUGACCAUCACCUCGGAGCAGACGGGCGGCUUUCCACACUCCGAUGUCUCCUUCAGUUACGGGUCUCAGAGGAAGCCUCCACAGCUGGCCAUCAUCGACGAGUGUGGCUACUAUAGUGUCUGGGAUGUCAAGGGCCGAGACAUGGUCGGGUCAACAAGCAAGCGUGCCAAGUUAAGACACUGCGGACAGAUUCAGCUGGGCAUCACGGAACAGCUGCCUGACGAAGACUCGCCAGCCUUCCGCGCAGAGCCUCAUGGGCUGUUGUGGAUCGGUGCCGCCGGCGUGGGCGUGGAUCUUUGGGAUAUCCCCGCCAUCGAGGACCUGGAAAUGGAGAAUGAUUUGGCGGCGAUGACUGCACGGUCCAAAAAGCUCAUGAUCUGGAACCGCACAAAGUUCGAGGUGAUUGACACAAAGGACCCAAGCUACCGGCACAGCUUGUCGAUACUCAAGUCGGAUGUGCCGGAUUACAUCCUCGAUGUAAAGCCAAAUCCAGUGAAUCGCAGUCAAGUGGUCGUUCUCACUACAUCGGCUCUUUUCUGGAUUGAAACAUCGUCACCGACGGCGGUCAAGACUGGAGGGCUUGCCAUACUCCAGUCAUUCGCACAUCUUCGAAUCUCAGAUGCCGACUCUCUGAGGCUUACGGUUCAUCAUAGUGGACAUGGACUGGGCAACGAGAGUUGCAUCGCUUAUCUUUAUUCGGAGAAGUCACCAGAAGUUGAGCUGUUUUGGUUAUCCAUACCCGAGAAGACGGGCCUGCCCCAGUUUCAGCAUUUUAUGAUGAUGCUCGAAAAGGGGCCCGGCGAGAAGCCGCUGAAGAUACAGACUCUGUGUCCAACUCCAGCCUUCUUCACUAGCCAGUCAUCGGAACCGCUCAAGGGCCUCGGUGCGGAAUACCUAAAUCAGCAGGUCGGCUUCCAGCAGUUGUUCGUUCUCGGAAGGGAUUUGGCUUUAGAGCAAACCAUCUUGGCUGUCACAUCAAAACCCGACCUUGAGAUCAUCCCGCCAGACUACAGUCGCGACUGGUCCAAAGAUGCUCGAAGGAGGGCCCACAAAAGGAGGCGGAAGCAAUUUCUACAUUAUUUUGGAGAUACGUUUGUAGUGCCUGAUGGAUUGGGAGACAUGGACGAGCUCGUGCAGCGUCGUGCCACUCGAUACCAAGAAAUCUUGCAGCAAACUCAGGGAGGAGAUGAUGAGCAACUACAGCAGCGAUGGCCAAGGACCCAGAAUUUCAACCUUUUCCUGUCUCGAGUCGCCAUGUCCAUCGAUUCAGUCGUCAUGGCUGCUGAAACGCCUAGCAUUGAGGGCCCCCUAUCUGUCUUUGACGCCAUCCAAGAUGCCACGGUCAAUUGCCUUGAUACGGAGGGAGGCUACAUCCCUUUGCACACUUUGCACGAGUAUGAGGCGACAUUUGAAGCACCUCCAAUGGGCAACGAAGCCAUCGCCGCUUGGGACGCGCGUCUCCAGGAAUUUUUCGACGUCAACGAUCAACGCAUCGUUGCUCAGCCAUUUACAUCCCAACUCUUACGCCAGGGAGACGCGACACCUUUGGCGGACAUCCGCCACAAGCUCGAAGAAUUAUGGAACUCGCCGGAUCUCCCCGAACGCGCACAGCACUCUCGCAGCGUCGUGCUCGCCGAAACCGCAGAAGCGAUCGCGAGAUCACUCUUCGGCGUGGCGGUCCUCGACGAAAACAUCCCAGUCGCAGAAGACGAGCCGUCCACCUGGGUUCCAACGCCACCCGAGCUGCAAUCUCGGCAGCCGAGCCAGCGCCUCUCAAUGUCCAGCCAGAGAUCCUCGCUAGGAAGCCAACGUCUAUCAAUGUCGCCCUUCAAACCACGCGACUCGAUGUCUCCGAUCAAAGCAUCACGGCCAAUGCUGUCGCCGAUCAAGCCGCGGCUCUCCAUGUCCCCCUUGAAACCCCGCCGCUCAAUGUCCCCUAUGAAAUCCCCCUCCAAACCCUCCUCCUCGGCGCCGUACUCCUCAAACCCCUUCUCCUCCUCACAACCACAGUCCCAAUCCUCUGCCGCCUCCGCCGACGCAGCACUGGCCGCCUCGAGCGCCCUCCAACGCCUGAGCAUGCUCGCUGCAGACAUCAACACGACAGAGGGCCCGACCCGCCAGCAUACGGUCCUCUCCUACUGGCCCACCAGACGCGGCGUGCCGACAGAGAACUACGUCUCCUCCGUCCUUGCCUCCUCGACAAAGCACAUGGACGCCAUCAAAGAGCGCAAGGAGCGCAUCGAAUCCAAACGCCGCAGGCGCAAGUCGCAGCUCGCCUCGUCGCAGACGGCAGCAGCAGCCACGCAGUCCGAGAUGGAGGACUCCGGGCCGGCGGGGAGCGCGAGCGUGCCGCUGCCGUCGGAGGCCCCCGCAACGCAACCGCUGCCCAAGUUUGCCGCGCCGCCAAUCAUCGGAUCGAGCCAGGUCUCGCCGAUGCGGUCGUCGCAGGCCGUCAUGUCGUCGCAGAUUCCGCAGGUCAUGUCGCAGCCGAUACCCGGACGGCACGCGAUGCGGUCCCCGAAGAAGAAGGGCAAGAGAAAGUCUGGUUUCUGA